AUGGGGGUUGCUUCUUUAGAAAAGCAGCUACUUGAAGCAUUUGAAAAAUACUACGGGUUUGAGACUACAAGCUAUGUUAUCCCUAUUCGAAAUUCCUACAUGAAUACACUGCAGAAAAUGAUAAGCUGGUUACAUAAGAAUAGCGGAGACAAUAAUUUACGGAUCUAUGUGUACUCUGGACAUGCAAACGAUGCACAGACUAUCCAGGAUAAGUGGUAUUUUGGUGUAAUCGAGGCGAUCCCUGGAAAAGCAUGCUAUAUCCUCGACUGCUGCUCAACAGGAGCAGGAGCAACAAACCCUACUGGUGCUAAUAAGGGUGGCGAGCUCAUAGCGGUUGCUAACUGGGGUCAAGCGGCGGGAGCAUCCUGUAUGAGACUGCUCUGA